AUGGAAUCCGAGCUUCAUAAAGCCGGACUGCUGCCGCUUCUUCAGUCUGCACAACCGAGCAAUUCAACAGCCUUGUCGUCCGUCUCAAAGAGUUCAACACUCUUUCGCCGCAUCGCCGUGGUACUGCUGGCACUCAGCUUCUAUGUCAUCUUCAAGAGCGUUCACGUCAUGCCUUCAACCGACACCAAUUUGUCGCAAGGCAGCAAUACAACAUUCAUCCCCUUCAUCCACAAAUUCAGUCCUAAGCAUGUACCACAGGUCAUGUGCACGAUAGAGGGCGUCGAGAUCUGGAUGCCAGUAGAUACUGGCUCUACUGGACUCUUGAUUGGAGCACCAAUACUGCCCAACAUCGAUCCCAAAAUUGGCGAACCAGCCCACCACUUCUUCACCAGUAGCAAGAUUCUGUACGUGGGCCGGCUUGUCAAGCUUCCUGUGCAUUUUCACGGUGAAGCUGGUUCUGCCACAUCCAACAUCCCAGUAUUAGUUGUGGACAAGAGCUGGAGAUGCCCAUGGUAUAGUCCGGGUAAGGACAGCUUUGAUUGUCCGCCCGGUCCGAAUGGUGAAAAGGCUACACAGAGGGACACCUCACAGAUCACAUACAUGGGCGUCGGUUUUGGAAGAAAUUGUCCGAGAGAUGGCAUGCCAAUUGCUGCACCUCGAGUGAAUCCAUUUCUGAAUAUCGAUACAAUAGACGGUGUGCCAAUUGCGCCACACGCUAUGCAGCCUGGAUAUAUUGUUACCACGAAGGGCGUUCACCUCGGCCUAACACCCGACAACAUACAAGGGUUCCUGUUCGAGGAUCUCCAACCCGGCCUGACGCACGAUCAGGACCCCAGAGACUGGGCUAUGGCGCGAAUGUGUUUCAGCGUUAACGGUGAAGGCAGGAGUUGCGGUGCGGUACUCGUCGAUACUGGCAUAGCCCAGAUGUACAUCAGACCAGACGAUGGUAUGACGAUACCGAACGUGACCAUCCGCAAUCCCAACAAGCAUGGGUAUGCAAAGAUGGUGAAGCGUGUCAAGCGUGGCACGCAGAUCGCGGUUGCUUUCCCAUCCUUCACCGACCAAGCAAUGUCCUACUCUUUCACCGUCGGGGAGGGCUCAUCCAUCGAGCCCAACUACGUCGUGCCUGCACGAGCAACAUCCGCGGCGUACGUCAACACAGGACGCAACCUGCUGAACGGUUACUCGAUAGCCUUCGACGCAAUCGGAGGGCGCUUUGGCCUACGACCUUUGAUAUACCACGUACUAUGCCCCCACCUCAGCACCGCAUUCUUCUUCCUCUGCACCCACGUUUCCGUAUCGGGCAUCGUCCCAGGCAAGCUCGGCGAAUGGAACAGCGUCUGCGCGCUCAUCGAGAUGUGA